CCGCAGUAGGGAAGAGAGGACAGCUGCAGACGGCAGCGCGAGAGACGACCAACCGGAGCUACGUGUGAAGAGCUGAGGGCCAUGGGUACCCUCACGAAAUUUAUUAUAAUAAGUCAACUCAUUUUUACCCUGUUGCUGAACCCUGAACAUGUGAGUGGAGUGUCAUCAAGACUAGACAUUCAAAUCACUAAAAUUGAAGAAACUUCGGGACUGUACUACGAACAUAACAGCAAUGGACGAUUGUAUAAUACUGAAUGGAGAUUAAUCUCCUAUUUAAAUUUAAGUCAGCCUGAAAAUAAUUAUAAUACGUUAAGACGAUAUGUAAGUGUUGUAAAUGAAUUAUGUAAUAAGGAAAUUCCGGUGUAUAAGGGUAAAACUCUAUGUUCUAAUACUAUAACAAAAUUAUCAAACAGGUUAGACGCCAUUGCGCGCACCAUAGAAAUUAUAGGAGGUAUAACCAAAGACCAUGUUAGUCCUAGAGUAAAAAGAAGUUUAUUUCCAUUUAACCUAAUAGGGCAAUUGAGUAAAGUGAUUUUUGGUACGCUAGACGAAGAAGAUGCAGAAUUUUAUAAUAAUAAAAUUACGAAACUUGAGAGCGAACAAUUAGACUUUGUUAAGCUGAGUAAGGAACAAAUAUGUUUUCAUAGAUCCGGAAACGGAUUAUAUUAUGAUGGAACACUCAAAACAGUACUACGCAAAAAUAAGCAAGUAUGAAUUGAAUAAGUGUAAAGUAAUAACUAAAACUCUUAGAGUGUGUAGACAAACCUUUCCAUUGAUCAAUACUUAUGCACGGGAAGAUUGUGCAGCCAAAUUAUUGUAUACUACAGGUCCUAUACCUAGCAAUUGUGUUAAGAAAAUAGUAGAGCUAAAGCAGACCCUUUGGAUUCAGCUAGAGCACAAUGAAUGGUUAUAUAUUGCGCCAGAUAAAGAAAAAAUUACUAUAGUUUGCGAUCAAACUGGACCUUUUGACGCAACAGUGGAAGACACUGGCAAACUUAAGUUUAUAAGUGCAUGUAAAGGUUACGGUACCAACAUCUUUAUAUCCUCCCAACUGGAGUUAACUACUAACACUAGCACAAAAGAUGUUAUUCCCAAAAUAAAUCUUGACAUAGAUUGUUGUGAUGAAACAAACUAUAAAGUAACACUUGAGAAAUUAAAAACAAAGUUACAUUUGAAACCUACAAUAACUCGGUUAGACGAUUUGAAGAUUGCCGGUCACAAAAUAGAGGAAGUAGAACAUAUGAUAAAUGAAGAGGAAUGGAAAAUAAAACACACAAACGUGAUUUCACGAGUAUCUGUAAUGUCCUAUAUCAUUAUCAUAUCAUUAAGUUGUAUUUUAUGUAUAUAUUGUUGUAUAAAAUGUGGAUGUUGUAAAACUAUUGUCGGUAAUUGCUACAAGAGGUGUAAGGACGGUGAUUGCUGUAAUUGUAAAACCAUAUGUUUUAAACCAACAAUUGUAAACACAUACAGACCUAGGGAAAGCAAUGAGCUGGUCCAUUCCGUUAACGAAAGACAGCUAGAGGAAAGGAUCGAAUUGAGAGGAAACAGUUUACGGAGAACUCAGACUAGUCGUUGAUGGCUAAGUCCCAUUUCAAACUAAGAGAGGUGUAAAGAAACAAUUGUAUUUUCUUUAAUUGUUUCUUUUUCCCCCGCAAGGGAGGUGUCGUAAGCACCUAGUUAUUUUAGUUAUUUUGGGUUAGUAUUAGAAAUAUAAAUAUACUAUAACUAUAAUUUUGGUAUUAAAUUGUAUUAUAAGCAUAAGGUGAAUAAUGAGUAAUGUUUCAAUAGAGUGUUUCAUGUCUUGUGUAUCGAACGAUGAGUAUGCCUGUCGAAGGUUUACAAGCCUUCUACGUCAGUUGGCUAACCAAAUGUUAGCUAUGUGUGGUGGUUCAAACAGACUGUUUCCUGCAGAGGAAACUACGCAUCACAAGGUUAAACAAUGACUGAAUCCUUGGACUGAACAUGAAACGAGUGUGUAAAUGAAAACGACGAAUCACGAGAAAGGGUGGGGAGAGAGUGCGCUCUGCCCCGGGAGAAGGAAGCGGACAGACGGAGAGUGUGUCGGGAGACUCCCGAGGAGGAGGUCCUAGGAUGGGGACUGAGAGCUUUGUCAGAAGGAACAGACUUGUAGAAUCUUAAGUUUGUACUUGUAAUUUCUAUGUAUCAAGAAGUGGAUGUAACAGCUUUGUAGAGUUUAAUACUUGUAACGAGACAAGAAUGAAGAAUAAUAAUAAGAGUUGUCCUGUCUGCAGUAUUAAGUUAUUGCUUUUAAUCGCUCCGCUGCCCCACAUAGCCUCACCUAUAAGGAACCAGCCG